AUCUUCUAAAAAAAUAAAAUGAAAAACAUUGAAUGGUUUCUAGAAAAAAAAAAUAUAUAUGAGCUAAAACUUCAGCUACCAUACCACACACACGGUGGGCCUCACUCACUGCCGGCCACCUCCGAGAAUUUGAAACCACGCGCCACCAUGGCUUGUAAGCCAUUUUUGGUCGCAUCUUGUUUGUGACUUCCGUCAGUUAGCACAAGCUUGUGUCAAUCAUGAGGCAGGGCACUAGUAUAUGACAUAGUAAACAAGCACUAAAUACGUUUAUAGAUUGAAAAGAAAAUCAGAGAAAAUAAGAAGAGGAAAGAUGAGUCAUAAGAAAAGAUCAAAGGCAAUAAUAGUUGGAGGUAGCAUAGCAGGAGUGGCCUGCGCCCACACACUCAUCUCAGCAGGCUGGGAUGUGGUUGUGCUUGAAAAAUCCUGUGCACCACCGACCGGAAGCCCAACCGGAGCUGGGCUCGGGCUUGACCCUUUGUCACAGCGCCUCAUUCACACUUGGACUAAACAACCCCAGCUUCUCUACAACUCUACUUUACCCCUUACUAUUGAUCAGAACCAAGCAACUGACAGUGAGAAAAAGGUAAGCUGGACUUUGACAAGGGAUGAUGAGUUUAAUUUCAGAGCAGCAUAUUGGGCUGAUCUUCAUGGCAUUCUAUAUAAAGAUCUUCCAUCUGAAAUGUUCUUUUGGGGUCACCUUUUUCUGUCAUUCUCCGUUUGUAGUGAUACAAAAUCAGUGAAAGUAAGGGCUAAAGUGCUUCAAACUGAAGAUACCAUUGAAAUUGUUGGAGAUUUGCUUGUUGCAGCUGAUGGAUGCCUCUCUCUAGUUCGUACAAGUUUUCUCCCGGAAUCAAAACUGAGGUACUCAGGGUAUUGUGCCUGGAGAGGGGUACUUGACUUUUUAGGGAAUGAGAAUUCAGACACCAUCAUAGGCAUCCGAAAAGCCUACCCUGACCUGGGCAAAUGCUUGUACUUUGACUUGGGUUCUGGAACUCAUGCAGUGAUAUACGAACUGCCCCAGAAAAAAUUGAACUGGAUUUGGUACAUAAACCAACCAGAACCUCAGUUGAAGGGAAAAUCAGUUACUAUGAAAGUAAGCAAUGACAUGAUUCAGAAGAUGCACCGAGAAGCAGAGAAGACCUGGGGUCCUGCUUUGGUUGGAGUAAUUCAAGAAACGGUUGAGCCUUUUAUGAAUGUGAUAUACGACAUGGAUCCUUUAAAACAACUCUUUUGGGAAAAUGUGGUCUUGGUAGGUGACGCAGCUCACCCUACUACUCCUCAUGGUUUGAGAAGCACCAAUAUGUCGCUGCUCGAUGCAGCGGUUCUUGGCAGCUGUUUGGACAAGUGGGGAGUUGACAAGUUGGAAUCAGCUUUGGAGGAAUAUCAAUCCAUUCGUUUGCCAGUUUUUUCUAAGCAAGUCCUGCACUCUAGGCGAAUGGGAAGAAUAAAACAAGGCUUGGCUUUUGAAGAUCGCCAGCCUUUUGAUCCUAAGACUGCUUCUACUAAGGAUUGUGAGGAGCUGCAACAGAAGAACAUGCCCUUCUUUGCUGAUUGAUGGAUCUUAUACUUACAAGAGAGUAUGAGUUUCUGGCAAUCGAAACAACACAAAACAAGAGAAACCAGAAGCUUGGCCUCCAUUAGUCUAUUGUUGUAAUGUAUCUUAUCUAUUCUGUAUCUAAAGCCACAGCUUAAAAUAAUAAGAUAGAAACGCUAUGAAAAUUUGAAAUUUUA